GGAAGUAGACACAGAGGCAACAUGUUACAUCUGCACCAUUCUUGGUUGUGUUUCAGGAGCUGGCCGGCCGGGAUGCUCGCUGUGCUGCUAGCUUUGGCGCCAUCAGCUUCCAGCAACAUUUCCACCUCCCGACCGAAUAUCCUCCUUCUGAUGGCAGACGACCUCGGCAUCGGGGACAUUGGCUGCUAUGGCAACAACACCAUGAGUAACCUUAAUUGCUUUGUAUUUAUUUUUAGGAAUAAGCAUGGGCCUUUCCUCCUCUUCGUUUCCUUUUUGCACGUCCACAUCCCUCUUAUCACUAUGGAGAACUUCCUCGGGAAGAGUCUCCACGGGCUGUAUGGGGACAACGUAGAGGAGAUGGACUGGAUGGUAGGACAGAUCCUUGACACUUUGGAUAUGGAAGGUUUGACCAACAGCACCCUCAUUUAUUUUACAUCAGAUCACGGGGGUUCCCUAGAGAAUCAACUUGGAAACAGCCAAUACGGUGGCUGGAAUGGAAUUUAUAAAGGUGGGAAGGGCAUGGGAGGAUGGGAAGGUGGGAUCCGCGUGCCCGGGAUCUUCCGCUGGCCCGGGGUGCUCCCGGCCGGCCGAGUGAUUGGCGAGCCCACAAGUCUGAUGGAUGUGUUCCCCACCGUGGUCCAGCUGGCGGGCGGUGAGGUGCCCCAGGACAGAGUGAUUGACGGCCAAGACCUUCUGCCCUUGCUCCUGGGGACAGCCCAGCACUCAGACCAUGAGUUCCUGAUGCAUUAUUGUGAGGGGUUUCUGCAUGCAGCCAGGUGGCAUCAACGGGACAAAGGAACAAUGUGGAAAGUCCACUUUGUGACCCCGGUGUUCCAGCCAGAGGGAGCCGGUGCCUGCUAUGGAAGAAAAGUCUGCCCAUGCUUUGGGGAAAAAGUACUCCACCACGAUCCACCUUUGCUCUUUGACCUCUCAAGAGACCCUUCUGAGACCCACAUCCUCACACCAGCCUCAGAGCCUGUGUUCUAUCAGGUGAUGGAACGAGUCCAGCAGGCUGUGCGGGAACACCAGCGGACACUCAGCCCGGUUCCUCUGCAGCUGGACAGGCUGGGCAACAUCUGGAGACCGUGGCUGCAGCCCUGCUGUGGCCCAUUCCCCCUCUGCUGGUGCCUUAGGGAAGACGGCCCACAAUAA